AAAGAUUUCAUAACAGAUUUCUAACCUUUCUUUAAGAACAACACAUGUCUAACAACAAAAACACAAAUAUAACGUAUUUCUAACGAUAUUUAUAUAUUUAAUUAAAAAGUGUACGUGUGCAUUUAAAAAAAACUUCUAUUGUGUUAAUAAUUAUCUCGUUUCAUAUUAAAAAGUAUUUCACUUAAAAAUCUCAGGGAAUUAUUGAUAAAUAAAUAAAAAUGUCCGGCGAAAGACCUGCGAAAAGACAACGUCUGGAUGUAUCAUCAUCGGAAUCAGAAUCCGAUGAGUCAUUGAACGAGGACAAUCUGUCAGAUGGCGGCAACGACCAGAUAAAUGACGAUAAUGCAUCUGACAGUGACAGCGAUCAGUCAUCAGCUGGUUCCGAUAACAACGAUGACGAUUCCGAUGAUGAAACCCCAGAAAAUUUGGCUUUAAAUCUCGUAAGACUUUUAGCCCACGCUUUUGCCGAGUCCUACGAUGAAGGCGAGGAGGAAAAUGAUGACGGUAAUUAUUCAGUCUCACCAAAAUGGAUGCUGUGCGACUCAGACGAUGAACCCGACGAAGAUCCAGACGAAGAUUCAGAGUCUGACAAGAAAGAUUCCCAGGACACUCCGCUGAUUGAUGCAGUUAAAGCUGAGGACAUUAAGUUGAUAAAACAACUUUUGCGAACUGGACUGGACAUUGAUGAGCGUGGUGAUGACAACAAAACAGCACUUCAUGUAGCUGUUGAUAAAGGAUAUUUGACUGGUAUUGAAAUUUUACUAGAGUACGGGGCUGAUAUUUCUGCCAAGAAUUCAUCAGAUUCCGGGUACGAUUUCUGGGAAACUCCUUUGCAUUCUGCUGUUAAAAAAGAUCGUCUGGACAUCGUCCAGUUACUCCUGACAAAGCAGAUAGACAUCCGAGCGCUGACCAAAAACCGCGAGACUGUUUUAAACCACGCGAUCAAACGUAAAAACUGGAGGGUAAUAAAAUGUCUGUCCCACAGCAGCUCCAGUAGUAUCAAUAAUGACAACGCAUUUCGAGAAACGUUUAAAAAUUUUUCAGCUGAACAACUUAAAGAACUUGGAUACGGGGAAAGUGAAAUUGGAAUAUUGUUUGGUAGAUACGCAGACAUUAAUCUGAGAAAUGAAGCCCGUAAGACAGUUUUGUUUGAAGCUGUUGAGAACAGAAAUUUAAAAAUGAUUAAAUAUUUACUGGAGAUGGGCGCUGACAUCAAUGCGGGCAACAGAUAUCAGUACUUUGAUGGCUGGACUGUAUUGCACAUCGCCGUUUAUUUGAACUACGAAGACGUUCUCCAGAUUUUGUUGAACCACGAGCACUGCAACGUCAAUGCGAAAACAGACAUCGGAGAGACGGCGCUUCACGUCGCAGCGUCAAAAGACAAUCUGCCGGUGGUAAAAAAAUUAUUGAAGAAAAAUGCGAAGCCCGAUUUGCACGGCAGACAUAAAUUUAUUCGCGGUAUGACGCCAUAUCAUGUUGCAGUCCAUGAAGAUUGCGAGGAAGUCGUUAAAUAUUUCUUGGACUGUCUCAAGAUUGAUGUCAACACCAAGACAAGUCAAGGAGAAAACGCAUUGCAAAUUGCAGUGAAGGUAAAAAAUAUUGAAAUGAUAAAUUUGCUUCUGGAUCAUGGGAUAGACAUUAAUUAUCGUAAUAAAGAUCAGGAUGCAGGAUGCACUGCGUUGCAUUUAGCCGUCAAGAUAAAUGACAACGAGAUCGUCGAUUUACUUUUGAACAGAGGCGCUGAUGUAAAUGUCGUUUCAGUUGAAGGAAAGACGAUUCUCCAUGAAGCUAUUGGUAAAAAAAAUGAUUACAUUGUCAGGCGUUUGGUAGAUUUCGGUGCUGAUGUAAAUAAAAGGAGUAAUUCAAAUCGCUACCAAUAUAUGGCACCAAUUCACGAGGCUACAAUACAUAAUUUAUACGAUAUUAUUAAGUUAUUAAUUGAUAAGGGCGCGGAUAUAAAUGCUCUUGCUAGAAGUAAUUAUAGUUUUAGGAGAGAGUCUAUUAUUGAUAUGGCGAUUGGUCGCGGUUGCGAGGAUCAAAUAUUGCAGAUACUGCUGGAUUAUGGUGCGGAUAUCAACUGCGCUGCAGUACACCGGGACGUGAUGAGUUCAACCUCGACAAUACUUGAGCAGCAUAUACUGAAACUUAAAGUUGCCAAGUUGUUCGUUCAUAAAAAACACUUGGACUGGAUAAGCCGCGGGAUCAAGAAAAGAGAAUUUCAGAGCAAGUGCAGCAAAGAAAUAAAGAAAAUGAAAAAUGAAAAAAUACAUAAAACUAGUGUUAGUUACUAUGAUUUGCUGAUAAAAAACGUCGACCAGGUGAUGAUGUAUGCGGAGAACAAAAAUAUUGAGAGAGCGGUCAGAAUUGAUCAGCUGAAGACCAAGUUUCCGUUGUACGCGCAGAUGAUACUUUGUCAUUUUAAACAGGGACAGAAACGUAAUUGUCUCUUGAAAAAUGCUGAGAAAAUGCUGGAGGAUAUUUUCAAUGAUUUGCCUUACAACUGUGUAAGGAAGAUUCUGAUUGAACUUAGCAACGAUGAUUUGUUGGUCUAUUCUGGAAAAAAUUAAUGGGGUUAUAUUUAUUUUCUUCGAGUUUAUAAAUUAUAGAUAAUUGUUUUACAUUUAACGUAUGUAAUUUAUUGGUCUCUUAUUAAUUAAAGUUUAUAUUAAUUUUUCUAAUAAAAAAAGUU